GUUAUGCACACCAAGAACAACUACAUAAGGAUCUCCAAACAAAUUCCAUUCAAAUAAUAUAUAAUAGUGGCCGUUUGCGCCAGUCUCCUUUCAAAUUCAAACCUCUUUUACACUCCCUCUGCUAACCAUUUCGUCUUUACUCUCAUUUCUCAUCUGACACACAACUACAAUCCCAAAGCUUCUUCUAAAAUGUACAAGUUCCAGUCUCCCCUCACUGGGGACCAGAAACUACGUUCAAAAUGUGGCCGGAAACCUCUUCAACCCAAGAACUUCCCGGCCAUUCCAGUAACGGAUAAUAUUGAAAUUCUAAAGCCAAGUGAAGGAUGGAUUGAGAUUUCGGUGGCUAGCGAUUCGAACAAAGAAAACUAUCCGAUCUCUGCCAUCACGCCAACGAAGCUAGUCAUUGAGUCGUUGGAUGUGUCGCUGGCAGCGGAACUGAUAGCCACCAAGAAGGAGAUGGAGAGAUUGAGACUCGACAGAGAGAAAACAGAGAAAAUGUUGAAUGAGAGGGAGAAGGUAUUGGAUUUGCAGAUAAAGGAGCUGGAACAAAGAGGAGAGAUUCAAAAGACGCACGAGAUCGAGGUGGAUAGACUCUUCAGAUUGAAGGAACUACAAUCUUGGUCUAUGAGAAUUUCUCCAAUGUUAUCGCUACGAGAGAAGGAACAUGUGAAGAAGACUGCUCAAGUGCAUUGCCAGGGAACGAAAGCUGAGGAUAUGGAGGAAUCGGUGAGUGGAAGCGGAGUGAUGAGUCCACUUUUGAGUUCGAGUUCGAGUUCAAAUUCGGUUUCAUCGCAGCUUGCCGCCGUGAAAUGAUGUUUCUCUUUUCCGCAGUUGGCAGUUGACUUUUGGAGAUUAUCUUUGUGAUUUGAUUUUGUCUUGCUUUUUCUCUUUAUGUUACUUCUACAGUAUUCCAUUGUAGAAUUUGGAAAAAGAAAGAAGAUAUUACACUACCUCUCAAUCUUGAAAUGAUUAGCCGCUCCUAUCUCCUUGAGAUUCAGCUGCUGCUACUGUAUUUCAAUGUAGAAUUAUCAAUUACAUAUUGAAAUAGUCCCUCUAUUAGAAAAGAAAAAUGUAAUUUAAUGGAAUGGACCAUGGAUUAGGCUAUUAACCAUUAAGGUUUUGUUUGGGUUAGGUUGGGAUUUAAAAAAAUUAAAUAUUUUUU